CCAGGGGCAAUGAGAGAGGUGAACCAGGGGAUGCGGGUCGCCCUUGAGAUGACAGAGGGAUUUGAGGGUCGCACUGUGACAGUGGACAACUUUUUCACUUCUUUUCCACUGGCAGAGGAGCUACACAAGAGGAAGAUGACCGUGGUGGGCACCCUGAGGAAAAAUAAACCGGAGCUCCCCCCACAGCUUCUUCAGACCAGGCUGAGACCAGUGCUGUCCUCCGUGUUUGCAUUCAGUCGCACCCAGACAGUUGUGUCAUACAUUCCAAAGAAGGGAAAGAAUGUGCUCCUGCUCAGCACAAAACAUAGAGAUCCAGCAGUGGAGGAGGGGCCAAAGAGGAAACCGAAGAUCAUAGUGGACUACAAUCACUGCAAAUGUGCAGUCGACAACCUGGAUAAGGUUGUCGGCACAUACAGUUGCAGUCGGCGAUCCUCCAGGUGGCCGCAGACACUCUUCUGCAAUAUCUUGAAUGUCUCAGCUUUUAAUGCUUACAUCCUCUAUACAGAUGUGAAUCCCAGCUGGAAUGAGAGGAAACUUUUCAGACGGCGUCUGUCCACCUGACCAGUAUCUGCAGCUCCUGCUUCACUGGCUCAAUUCCCUCAGUGACACAAAUGCAAAUUGUUAAAUUGUUUAAAUUGUUCGUCUUCA